AUGCAGCCCCAGCAGAUCUACGACUUUUCCAGUGACGAAAACAGUCACAAGUGGAGAGGCCUCUUCGUGCAAGCCCUGCGCAAGGUGCAGAAGCAGGUCCACCCCAACCUCCAGGCCAAGGAGGACGCCCUGCAGCACAUUGAGGAGCUGAUCCUACAGUUGCUCAACAUGCUGUGCGUGGCGCAGCCUCGUUCUGUUCAGGACGUGGAGGAGCGAGUCCAGAAGACCUUCCCACACCCGAUAGACAAGUGGGCCAUCGCCGAUGCACAGUCAGCUAUCGAGAAGCGCAAGAGGAGGAAUCCCCUACUUCUCCCAGUGGACAAGAUACACCCGCUGCUUAAGGAGGUCCUGGGCUACAGAGUGGACUACCACGUAUCGCUAUACAUCGUGGCCGUCCUCGAGUAUAUAUCGGCGGACAUUUUGAAGCUGGCGGGCAACUAUGUGGGCAACAUUCGGCAUUACGAGAUCAGCCAGCAGGACAUCAAAGUAUCCAUGUGUGCCGACAAGGUGCUGAUGGACAUGUUUGACCAGGAAGACGACAUCGGCCUGAUUUCGCAGUGCGCCGACGAGCCCUCCACUUCGGGAGAGCUAACGUACGACGACCUGGUGCGGCUGGAGAUCGCCGAGGAGCGGCAGUACCUACGCGAGCUAGACCUCAUCAUCAAAGUGUUCCGUCACCACUUCCUGUCCAACCCCAAGAUUUUCACACCGCGGGACGUAGAAGCCAUCUUCAGCAACAUCCUGGACAUCCACGAGUUGACGGUGAAGCUACUGGGUCUCAUCGAGGACGCCGUUGAGAUGACUGCGGACGGCAGCCCUCACCCGCUGGUGGGCAGUUGCUUCGAAGACCUAGCCGAGGAGCAAGCGUUCGAUCCAUACGAGACGCUCUCCCAGGACAUUCUCAGCAAAGACUUCCACGAACAUUUCAACAACCUGAUGGCCAGGCCGACCGCGGGCCUUUACUUCCAGUCUGUAGCAGAAGGCUUCAAAGAGGCCGUCCAGUACGUCCUUCCACAGCUCAUGAUGGUGCCUGUGUAUCACUGCAUGCAUUACUUUGAGCUCUUGCAGCAACUUCAGGAGCGUAGUCAAGACCAAGAUGACAGGGAGUGUCUGAAACAGGCCAUCACGGCGCUGCUCAAUCUCCAGUGCAGCGUGGAGCGCAUCUAUGCCAAACAGCAGCCUCGGCGGAAACCUGGCGAGCCCAUGUACCGCCUGUAUAGCCGGCAGAUUCGUAGCAAACAACUGGCCAUCAAGCGCAUGAAUGAGAUCCAGAAGAGCAUCGACGGCUGGGAGGGCAAGGACAUCGGCCAAUGUUGCAGCGAGUUCAUCCUAGAGGGCCCGCUGCUGCGCGCCGGCGCCAAGCACGAACGCCACAACUUCCUGUUCGACGGCCUCAUAAUCAGCUGCAAGGCCAACCAGAGCUCGCGGCUGCCCGGCUCGGGAAGCGGCGCCGAGUACCGCCUGAAAGAGAAAUUUGUGUUGCGCAAGGUGCGCAUCAUAGACCGCGAGGACUCGCCGGAGCUGCGGCACGGCUUCGAGCUGAUGGCCAAGGACGAGAACUGUGCCGUCUUUUGCGCGCGCACUGCAGAGGAGAAGGCGGCGUGGAUGGCCGCGCUGGUGACACUGCAGUACCGCUCCACAUUGGACCGCAUGCUUGACACUGUGUUGCAGCACGAAGAGCAGGCGCACCCCUUGCGGCUGCCCUCACCGGAGUUGUACCGCUUCGCUGUGCACGACUCAGAGGAGAACAUAGUCUUUGAGGACAAAGUGCAGAGCAAAACCGGCAUCCCCAUCAUUAAGGCGGGCACUGUGGUCAAACUCAUAGAGAGGCUCACCUACCACAUGUAUGCCGAUCCUAACUUUGUGCGCACUUUCUUGACCACGUACCGAUCUUUCUGCAAACCUCAGGAGCUUCUUACGCUGCUGAUUGACAGGAUCGAAAUCCCAGAGCCGGAGCCCACGGAGGAGGAUCGGCAGGCCCUGUGGAACGGUGACCAGCCAAUGGCGGCUGAGCUCCAGAGAUUCCGGAAAGAGUACGUGCAGCCGGUCCAGCUCAGGGUACUUAACGUUUUCCGUCAGUGGGUGGAGCACCAUUUCUACGACUUUGAAAAUGACCCCGAGCUGAGGAGUCGCUUAGAGGAAUACAUCACCAGCAAAAUCCAGUUGCGAGGCAAGUCCAUGCGGAAGUGGGUGGAGUCCAUCAACAAGAUCAUCCGGCGCAAGCUGCAGACACAGAGUAACGGCGUGAGCCAUAACAUCACCUUCGAAAGCCCACCCCCUCCCAUCGAGUGGCACAUCUGCCGCGCCGGCCAGGUGGACUCCUUCGAUCUCAUGACCCUGCACCCAAUUGAGAUCGCCCGGCAGCUAACCCUGCUGGAGUCUGAGCUGUACAGAGCCGUACGGCCAUCUGAGCUGGUUGGCAGCGUGUGGACCAAAGAGGACAAAGAGAAGAACUCGCCCAACUUGCUCCGGAUGAUACGACACACCACCAACCUUACGCUGUGGUUUGAGAAGUGCAUUGUCGAGACCAAGAACCUGGAAGAGCGCGUGGCCGUGUGGAUGCGCGUCAUUGAGAUUCUGCAAGUGUUUCAGGAACUCAACAACUUCAACGGCGUGCUUGAGGUGGUCUGCGCCAUCAACUCAGUCCCAGUCUACCGCCUGGACCACACCUAUGAGGCCAUACCAGAGAGGAAGAAGAAAAUCCUGGAGGAGGCUGUGGAACUGAGUCAAGACCAUUUCAAGAAGUACUUAGCCAAACUCAAGUCCAUCAACCCGCCCUGUGUGCCUUUCUUCGGUAUCUACCUGACCAACAUCCUCAAGACAGAGGAGGGCAACCCAGACUUUCUGAAACGCCACGGCAAGGAGUUGAUCAACUUCAGCAAGCGGAGAAAAGUCGCCGAAAUCACCGGCGAAAUCCAACAGUACCAGAACCAGCCCUACUGCCUUAAAGUGGAGCACGACAUUCGGAGGUUUUUUGAAAACUUGAACCCGAUGGGAACCCAGAGUGAGAAGGAGUUUUCGGAUUACUUGUUCAACAUGUCCAUGGAGAUCGAGCCCAGGAAUUGCAGACAAGCGCCUCGUUUUCCCAGGAAGACGACAUACACGCUGAAAUCACCUGGGGUUCGCCCCGUGCGAACGUCUACCUCGGGCACUCUGAAGGGCCACCCGGUGCCUCUGGAGAGGGAGCCGGCACAUAAGAUCACCUUCCGCAGCAUCGCCGAGACCGACGCGGAGACGCCGGCGUCCGCCUCGGUCCCUACGUCCCCCAACACACCCACGCCUCCGCAGUCGGCCUCCUCGGACCUGGGUUCGGUCUUCGCCGAGCACGACCUCAGCAGCUCAUAUGGCGGAUCCAACUCCAUCUUUGCGCCGGUUCUUCUGCCGCCUUCAAAAUUCCAAUCAGUUUCCUGCGGUAGCCUCCACCAAUUGGGAGAGGAGUUCCUCAAACCGCCGCCGCUUCCACCUCGGAGGAAGGACACUGUGUCGGAAACCAAACAGGGCUGCCACUCGGACAGCCCCCCCGCCAUCCCGCCACGACUGCCGCAGCCGCGGACGCCGGGCUACAACGGCCCCCUGACGGACGGGCCCCUGCCCAGCCCUCCGCCGCCCCCUCCCAGGGACCCCCUCCCUGACACGCCGCCUCCCGUGCCCCAACGGCCCCCGGAGAUCUUCAUCAACUAUCCGCUCAGCCUGCAGCCCUCGCCGGUGGGGCGCUACCACUGGGACUUUGCCAGCUCGCCCACUUCGCCCAACACGCCGCCCGGCACGCCGUCCCCGCGCGUCCCCCGCCGGGGCUGCCCGCUUAGCGCCAGCCAGAACAGCCUGUGCCCACCGCCGGCUCCGCCCGUGCCCCCUCGACACAAUCCGGGCCCGCAGUUGCCCAAGCUGCCGCCAAAGACGUACAAGCGCGAGCUGCCGCACGUUCUCUCCUUAGUGGAAAACAGUGACCCGUAG